AUGGCGACCAGGCGUCAGGGGCGCGACCGCUGGGAGCGGAGCCCCCCGGAACCGAGGCCGCGGGGCCCCCGGGCCGAGGAGGAGGCGGCCUCCCCGCCGGUCCUGUCCCUCAGCCACUUCUGCAGGUCGCCCUUCCUCUGCUUCGGGGACGUGCGCCUGGGAGCCUCGCGGACGCUGCCCCUGGCCCUGGACAACCCCAACGAGGAGGCGACGGCCGUGAGCCUCUCCCGUGGCCCGGCCGCCGAGUGCGGCUUCACCGUCUGGCCGAGCGCCUUCGUGCUGCAGCCUAAAGAAAAAAUUGUUAUUUCUAUUACCUGGACACCGUUAAAAGGAGGCCGAGUAAGAGAGAUCGUGACAUUUCUUGUAAAUGAUGUUCUGAAACACCAAGCUAUAUUACUAGGAAAUGCAGAAGAGCCGAAAAAGAAAAAGAGGAGUCUUUGGGAUACCAUUAAUAAAAAGAAAGUAUCAGCCUCUUCAGGUCAUAACCAGAAGAUUUCAAAUAUUCAAAAUGUAAAUAAAACAUUUAAUGUUUCCUCAAAAUUUGACAGAGUUAGGAGCCCACUACAAGCACGUGAGAAUCUGGCUACGAACAAAAGCUGUUCCCCAACAGAAAACAAUUCUUUAAUACUUGAAGAAAAUAAAAUACCCAUAUCACCUAUCAGUCCCACUUUCCAAGAGUGCCAUGGGGAGACCUGGUUGCCAGUUUCUGUCCAUCAGUCUACUACCUACACAUCCCUUCCUGCAUCUGAAAAUGGGGAACUAUUAAAAGUAGAAGGUGCCAACAUUGUAAAAGAUUUUCAUUUUAAUGAGACAGUCAUAACUGAAACUUCUUUUGACUCCAUAAAUAAUCUUAAUGGCCAAAUUGAAGAGAACAGUAAACUUACUCUUACCCCAAACUAUUCUUCAACGUUGAACAUCACACAAAGCCAAGGAAAUUUUCUAAGUCCGGAUUCCUUUGUGAAUAAUAGCCGUGCAGCUAAUAAUGAACGAGAAUUAGUGAUGUGUCUUUCACCAGGUAUGUGUGUGAAAGGUAAUUCAAGGCCUGUGAUUUUGGAGUCAAAAAGUGUAUGUGAAAUUUAUCGGACAAUUUUAAGUCCAGAUUCUUUCAUAAAUGAUAAUUAUGGACUAAAUCAGGAUCUAGAAUCAGAGUCAAUUAAUCCAAUUCUAUCCCCAAAUCAAUUUUUAAAAGAUAAUAUGGCAUACAUAUGUGUACCUCAGCAAACAUGUAAAUUGUCACCAUUAUCAAAUGUAAAUUCUCAGGCUUCACAACCUUCUCAGGAUGAGAGAAAAAAUGUAGUUUUACCUUGUAUUCCUGAAUGUCAGGGUUCAAAAUCUCCAAAAGCUACUUUUGAAGAAUCCAAAGCUUUAGAAAUGAAGUCAAAUUGUUAUACUUUUAAGAAACGGAACCAGCCUAAAUUUUCUGCAGUUCAGGAUAUUUCUAGUCACAGCCACGAUAAACCUCUUAAGAGACGCCCAAUACUUUCUGCCACUGUUACUAAAAGAAAGCCCACUUGUGCCAGAGAAAACCAAACGGAGGCUAAUAAACCGAAGGCAAAAAGAUGUCUCAGUGUUGUAGUGGGUGAGUGUGAAAAAGAAACAGAUGAUCACAAAGAGAAAGGUGAUUUUCAUUCUUUUCUUCCAGCUAGAGAUUUAAUACUGAGUAGACCUAAGAGUCGUAAAAAUGUGAUAACUCCUCCCUCAAAGGUAGCUUUAGUUGCUCGUAAAAGAAAGAGUGAGGGAAACACAGAAGAUGCAAAUUUGAAGGUUACAGUUACAGAAUACACAGAAGUACAAGAAAUCAAAAGGAUCCAUUAUUCUCCUGUGGAGUCCAAAACAUCAACUGUUAAAAGCACAAAGAAAGUGAUAACCUCCACCUCGAAAUGUAUUAGCAACAGAGAGAAAUUAAAGCUGAAGAAGAAAACUGAUUCUUUAGGACACAGAACUCCUAAUUUUAAAACAAACAAAAAGACAAAACCCAUUGUUCCUGUUGCACAAUCUAAUUUGACCUUCAUAAAACCACUAAAAACAGGUAUUCCUAGACACCCAAUGCCGUUUGCUGCAAAAAACAUGUUUUAUGAUGAACGCUGGAAGGAAAAGCAGGAACAGGGCUUUACUUGGUGGCUAAAUUUUAUAUUAACUCCUGAUGACUUCACUGUAAAAACAAAUAUUUCUGAAGUAAAUGCUUCCACUCUUCUUUUGGGACUGGAGAGUCAACAUAAAAUAAGUGUCCCUAGAGCUCCUACCAAGGAUGAAGUGUCUCUCAGAGCUUAUACCGCUCGCUGCAGUUUGAAUAGAUUACGUCGUGCUGCAUGUUGCUUAUUUACUUCUGAAAAAAUGGUUAAAGCUAUGAAAAAGCUUGAAAUUGAAAUUGAAGCUAGGCGGUUAAUUGUUCGAAAAGACAGACACCUCUGGAAAGAUGUGGGAGAACGGCAGAAAGUCUUGAAUUGGCUGUUGUCAUAUAAUCCUUUGUGGCUACGAAUCGGCCUAGAGACAAUAUAUGGGGAACUCAUCCCUUUGGAAGACAACAGUGACGUCACAGGGUUGGCAAUGUUUAUUCUGAAUCGCUUGCUUUGGAAUCCUGAUAUCGCAGCCAAGUACAGGCACCCAACCGUUCCUCAUCUAUAUGGAGAUGGUCAUGAAGAAGCUUUGUCUAAGUUUACAUUGAAAAAGCUAUUGCUGCUGGUUUGUUUCCUUGAUUAUGCUAAAAUCUGCAGACUUAUUGAUCACGAUCCUUGUCUCUUCUGUAAAGAUGCUGAGUUCAAGGCUAGUAAAGAAAUUCUUCUAGCUUUUUCACGAAACUUCCUAGGCGGUGAAGGUGACCUUUCCCGUCACCUGAGCUUCCUGGGAUUACCUGUGAACCAUGUUCAGACACCUUUCGAUGAAUUUGAUUUUGCUGUUACAAAUCUUGCUGUAGACUUGCAGUGUGGGGUGCGUCUUGUGCGAACCAUGGAACUUCUCACACGAAACUGGAAUCUCUCAAAGAAACUCAGGAUUCCUGCAAUAAGUCGUCUUCAAAAGAUGCAUAAUGUUGACAUUGUUCUUGAAGUUCUUAAAUCACGAGGAAUUCAGUUGAAUGAUGAGCAUGGAAGUACAAUCUUCUCUAAGGAUAUUGUGGAUAGGCACAAAGAAAAAACUCUGGCUUUGCUUUGGAAGAUAGUAUUGGCUUUUCAGGUGGAUAUUUCCCUUAAUUUAGAUCAGUUAAAGGAAGAAAUUGACUUUUUAAAGCACACACAGAGUAUGAAGAGAACAAUGUCUGCACUGUCAUGCCAUUCUGAUGCUGUUAUCAGUAAGAAAAAAGACAAAAGGCAUAGUGGUCACUUUGAACAAUAUAGUGAAAGCGUAAAGCUACUGAUGGAUUGGGUAAAUGCUGUCUGUGACUUCUACAAUAAAAAAGUGGAGAAUUUUACAGUGUCUUUCUCAGAUGGCCGGGUGUUAUGUUACCUGAUCCACCACUACCAUCCUUGCUAUGUGCCUUUUGCUGCCAUAUGUCAGCGAACCACCCAAACCGUAGAGUGUACGCAAACUGGUUCUGUGGUGUUAAACUCAUCAUCUGAAUCUGAUGAAAGUUCCCUGGAUUUGUCUCUUAAAGCACUUGAUCAGGAAAGUACUUCGGAACUAUACAAAGAACUCCUAGAAAACGAAAAGAAGAAUUUUCAGUUGGUCAGGUCUGCAGCUAGAGACCUCGGUGGAAUACCUGCUAUGAUCCAUCACUCAGAUAUGUCGAAUACAAUUCCCGACGAGAAGGUGGUUAUUACCUAUUUGUCAUUUCUUUGUGCAAGGCUUUUGGAUCUUCGUAAAGAAACGAGAGCCGCUCGACUUAUACAAACAACUUGGAGAAAAUAUAAGCUAAAAAAGGAUCUAAAACGCCAUCAGAAGAGAGACAAAGCUGCAAGAAUUAUUCAGUCAGCUGUAAUCAAUUUUCUAACUAAACGGCGAUUCCAAAAGGAGGUCAACGCAGCAUUGGUCAUUCAGAAAUGUUGGCGAAGACUCUUAGCAAAGAGAAAAUUAUUAAUGUUAAAAAAGGAAAAACUAGAAAAAGUUCAAAAUAAAUCAGCAUCUGUUAUUCAGAGAUAUUGGAGAAGAUAUUCCACUAGAAAACAGUUUCUGAAGCUGAAAUAUUACUCAAUUAUCCUGCAAUCUAGGAUAAGAAUGAUCAUUGCUGUUGCUUCUUACAAACGAUACCUUUGGGCUGCAGUUACAAUUCAGAGGCAUUGGCGUGCUUGUUUAAGAAGAAAGCAGGAUCAACAGAGAUAUGAAAUGCUAAGAUCAUCAACCCUUAUGAUCCAGUCUGCGUUCAGAAGAUGGAGGCAACGUAAAAUGCAGUUACAAACAGAAGCUGCAGUAACACUGCAAAGAGCUUUUAGAGAGCGGUGUGUCAGGAAACAGGUUAAAGAAGAGAAAGCUGCCAUGGUCAUACAAUCCUGGUACAGGAUGCAGAGAGAAUUACGGAAAUACAUUCAUAUUAGAUCUUGUGUUGUCAUCAUUCAGACAAGAUUUCGGUGCUUUCAAGCCCAAAAGUUAUAUAAAAGGAAAAAAGAGUCUAUCCUGUCUCUCCAGAAGUACUACAAAGCAUAUCUGAAAGGAAAGGUUGAGCGCACCAGCUAUUUGCAGAAACGGGCUGCAGCCAUCCGACUACAGGCCGCUUUCAGGGGAAUGAAAGCUCGUAAUUUACGCAAACAGAUCACUGCCGCUUGUGUCUUUCAGUCAUACUGGAGAAUGAGACAGGACAGACUUCGAUUUCUAAACCUUCAGAAAAAUAUUAUCAGAUUGCAGGCACACAUAAGGAAGCAUCAACAAUUACAGAAAUAUAAGAAGAUGAAGAAAGCUGCCCUUGUAAUUCAGUUUCAUUUUCGAGCUUACAUUUCAGCCAAGAAAGUUCUAGCUUCUUACCAGAAGACACGAUCUGCUGUCAUUGUUCUGCAGUCUGCAUAUAGAGGAAUGCAGGCCAGGAAAAAGUUUAUUCACAUCCUCACAUCUGUUAUAAGGAUUCAAUCAUAUUACAGGGCUUAUGUUUCCAGAAAAAAAUUUCUGAGGCUAAAAAAUGCUGCAGUGAAGUUACAAUCCAUUGUCAAGAUGAAGCAAACUCGUAAACAAUAUUUACAUUUAAGAGCAGCUGCACUAAAGAGAGAAGAUCACUUGCGGGCAUCUUGCAUCAAACUGCAAGCUUUUGUCAGAGGGUACCUGGUUCGAAAGCAAGUGAGGUUGCAGAGAAAAGCUGCUGUUUCACUACAGUCUCAUUUCAGGAUGAGAAAGAUGCGCCUGUACUACCUGAAAAUCUAUGAAGCAACUGUUAUCAUUCAGAGUUACUAUCGUGCAUACAAAGCGCAGGUCAAUCAGAGGAAGAACUUCUUGCAAGUCAAAAGAGCAGUUAUCUGCUUGCAGGCCAUUUACAGAGGUUAUAAGGUACGCCAGCUAAUCAAACAACAAUCUGCAGCUGCUCUUAAAAUUCAAACUGCUUUUAGAGGCUACAGUAAGAGGAUGAAAUAUCAAUCUGUGCUUCAGUCUACUCUCAAGAUUCAGAGAUGGUACAGGACACACAAGACUCUUUCUGACAUAAGAACACAUUUUUUAAAGACAAGGGCAGCUGUGAUUUCUCUACAGUCCGCUUACCGUGGCUGGAAAGUUCGGAAGCAGAUCAGAAGGGAACAUCAAGCUGCAGUGAAGAUUCAGUCUGCUUUCAGAAUGGCCAAGGCCCAGAAAGAGUUCGGGUUGUUAAAAACGGCAGCAUCCAUCAUCCAGCAACAUCUGAGAGCGUGGGCUGCAGGGAGGAGGGAACGGAUGGAGUACGCUGCGCUCCGCCUUGCAGCAGUGAUGCUCCAGUCCACGUGGAGGGGCAGAGCAGUGAGAAGACAGGUUCAGAAGCAACACAAAUGCACUGUCCUCAUACAGUCGUGCUACCGAAUGUACGUGCAGCGAAAUAAGUGGAAAACCAUGAAAAAAGCGGCUUGUCUGAUUCAAAUGUACUAUCGGGCUUACAGUACUGGGAGAAAACAGCAUCAUUUGUAUUUGAAAACCAAAGCAGCAGCAGUAAUCCUACAGUCAGCUUACCGAGGUAUGAGAGUGAGGAAAAAAAUAAAGGAGCAUCACAAGGCGGCAGCCGCUAUACAAUCUAGUUACAGAGCUUACCAAACCAAAAAGAAGUACGCCACCUACAGAGCAUCAGCUGUUAUAAUUCAGAGGUGGUAUCGAGAUACUAAAAUUGCAAACUGUCAGCGUAAGGAAUAUCUUACUUUAAAGAAGGCGGCUGUGAAAAUCCAAGCUGUUUAUAGAGGUGUUACAGUAAGAAGACAGACUCAGCACAUGCACACAGCAGCCACUCUUAUUAAAGCCAUGUUUAAAAUGCAGCAAUCAAGGAGGCGAUAUCAUCAAAUGAGAACAGCAGCCGUCAUAAUUCAGGUAAGGUACAGAGCAUAUCAUCAGGGUAGAACUCAACGUGCAAAGUACCUGACAACUUUGAAAGCUGUUACCAUUCUCCAGGCCAGUUUCAGAGGAGGACGAGUUAGACAGACCCUGAGAAGGAUGCAGACUGCAGCAACACUCAUCCAGUCCCACUACAGAAGACACAGACGACAAGCUUAUUUUAAUAAGUUGAAGAAGGUGACAAGAAUGGUGCAGCAAAAGUACCGGGCAGUGAGGGAAAGGAACAUACAAUUUCAAAGGUAUAACAAACUGAGACAUUCCGUAAUCUGCAUUCAGGCUGCUUUUAGGGGGAUGGAAGCUAGAAGACACUUAAAAGUCAUGCACUCAGCCGCCACUAUGACUCAGAGGAGAUUUAGGACUCUGAUGAUGAGAAGGAGAUUCCUGUCUCUCAGGAAUACCGCUGUGUGGAUUCAGAGAAAAUAUCGUGCUAAUGUUUGUGCAAAGCAUUGCUUACAACAGUUACUACGGUUACAAAAGGCAGCCCUCAAAAUCCAGUCCUGGUACAGAGGGUGGGUGGUGAGGAAGAAGGUGCAAGAGAUGCACCGGGCUGCUACCAUUCUCCAGGCGGCUUUCAGAAGGCACCGUGCACGUGUGAGAUACCAGGCCUGGAGGCGCGCCUCGCGGGUCAUCCAGCAGCGAUACCGGGCAAGCAGGGCCGAACUGCUGCAGAGGCAGCUCUACCUCCAGCAAAGACACUCUGCUGUGGUCCUCCAGGCUGCAUUUAGGGGUAUGCAAACCAGAAGACAUUUGAAAAAGAUGCAUGCCUCUGCAACCCUGAUUCAGAGCAGGUUUAGAUCUUUAGUGAUGAGGAAAAGGUUCCUUUCCCUCAAGAAAGCUGCUAUUUUUGUUCAGAGGAAAUAUCGAGCCACCAUUUGUGCCAAACAUCACUUGCACCAAUUCUUGGAGUUACAGAAGGCAGUCAUUACAAUCCAGCCAUCUUACCGAAGGCUGAUGGUAAAGAAGAAGUUACAGGUGACGCACAGGGCUGCAGCCCUCAUCCAGGCCACUUUCAGAAUGCACAGAACACACCUUACCUUUCAGACCUGGAAACACGCCUCGAUUCUCAUUCAGCAACAUUACCGAGCAUACAGAGCUGCAAAAUUGCAAAGAGAGCAUUAUGUCCAACAAAGGCAUUCUGCAGUGGUCAUUCAGGCUGCCUAUAAGGGGAUGAAAGCAAGACAGCUUUUAAGGGAAAAGCACAGAGCUGCUGUCAUAAUACAAAGCACAUACAGAAUGUACAGACAGUACUUUUUCUACCAAAAGCUUCAGUGGGCUACAAAAGUAAUACAAGAAAGAUAUAGAGCCAAUAAAAAGAAAGUUCUUCAACACAAUGUACUCAAGAAAGCAGCAACCUGUGUCCAAGCAGACUUUCAGGAUAUGAUUAUAAGGAGAGAGAUUCAGGAAAAGCAGCAUCAGGCUGCCAUUACUCUUCAGAAGCAUUUUAGAGCCUUUAAAACUAGGAAGCACCAUCUCCACUUUAGAGCAAAGGUAGUUUUUGUUCAAAGUAGGUACAGAACACUAGUUGCAGUGCAAACCCAGGCAGUCAUUUGUAUACAGUCUUAUUACAGAGGCUUUAAGGCACGAAGGGAUAUCCAACUCAUGCACCUGGCUGCCACCCGAAUUCAGUCAUUCUACCGAAUGUACAGGGCCAGAGUGGAUUAUCAGGCAAAGAAAAUGGCAAUUGUUGUUAUACAGAAUUAUUACAGGUCAUAUGCCAGAGUAAAAAUGGAAAGAAAAAAUUUUUUCGCCAUUCAGAAAUCUGUAAGACCUAUUCAGGCUGCUUUUAGCGGCGUGAAAGUUAGACAGAAAUUUAAAAACAUGCCCGAAGAAAAAAUGGCAAUCCCUGCUGCCCAAUCUGCAUUCUGCUGUCACAGAACUGAAACUCAGUAUGACGCUGGCCAAAGCCCAGCACUUAUGGUUCAAAGGCGGUGUAAAGCUUCUCUGGUUGGUCCCUUACAGGAAGCCGAGUAUCAUUCUGAAAGAAAGGCUGCAGGAACAAUUCAAAAAGCUUUUCGUAAAAUGGUCACAAGAUUGGAAAAGCACAAGCGUGCUGCCGUGCGAAUUCAGUCCUUCCUUCAGAUGGCUGUGUAUCGAAGAAGAUUCAUUCAGCAGCAGAGGGCGGCUAUCGCUUUACAGCGGUAUUUCAGGAGAAGGCAAACCAGAAAACAGUUUUUAUUGGAUGGAGAAGCAGCAGUCGUUUUACAAAAUUGCCACAGAGCCUUUUUGUCUGCAAAACGUCAAAGAGAAGUUUAUUUACAAAUAAGAAGCAGUGUUAUCGUUAUUCAAGCUAGAAUGGAAGGAUUUAUACAGAAACGGAAGUUUCAGAAAAUUAAAGAUAGCACCAUAAAAAUCCAGACUGUGUGGAGGAGACAUAAAGCCAGGAAAUAUUUACGUGAAGUGAAAGCUGCCUGCAAGAUUCAAGCCUGGUACAGAUGUUGGAAAGCACGUAAAGAGUAUCUGGCUGUGUUAAGAGCUGUUAGAAUCAUUCAGGGUUGCUUCUGUACCAAACUGCAGAGAAGACGGUUUUUGAACGUGAGAGCAUCAACAAUCAUCAUUCAGAGAACAUGGAGAGCUGUACUUUCUGGAAGAACAGCUCAUGAGCAAUUCUUAAUGACAAAAAGAUAUCAAGCUGCUUGUUUGAUCCAAGCAAAUUUCAGAGGAUAUAAAGGAAGGCAGGUCUUUCUCCAGCAGAAAUCAGCUGCUUUGAUCAUACAAAGAUACAUACGAGCCAGGAAGACUGGGAAGUGUGAAAGGAUAAAAUAUGUUGAAUUAAAAAAAUCUACAGUUGUUCUACAAGCACUGGUGCGUGGUUGGUUAGUAAGAAAAAGGAUUUUAGAACAGAGAGCCAAAAUUAGGCUUCUUCACUUCUCAGCAGCUGCCUUUUAUCACCUGUCUGCUCUUAGAAUUCAAAGAGCGUACAGACUUCACAGGGCUCUGAAGAAUACUGAUAAUAAACAGGUUAACUCAGCCAUCCGUAUUCAGAGAUGGUUUCGAGCAAGAUUACAGCAUAAGAGGUUUCUUCAGAAACAUCGCUUCAUAAAAAUUCAGAAUGAAGCUCAAGAACGUGUGAGCCAGCAAAAUAGGGCUGCAUCAGUAAUACAGAAAGCCGUAUGCCGUUUUCUCCUCCGUAAAAAGCAGGAAAAAUUUAAUAAUAGAAUCACUAAAAUUCAGGCGUUAUGGAGAGGAUAUUCUUGGAGGAAGAAAAACGACUGUACAAAAAUUAAAGCCAUUCGACAGAGACUUCAGUGUGUUAACAGGGAGAUUCGAGAAGAAAACAAGCUCUACCACAGAACCGCACUUGCCCUACACUAUCUCCUGACAUACAAGUACCUUUCCGCUAUUCUUGAGGCUCUAAAGCACCUGGAGGUAGUUACUGGACUGUCUUCACUUUGCUGUGAGAAUAUGGCCCAGAGUGGAGCAAUUUCUAAAAUAUUUGUCUUGAUCCGAAGCUGUAACCGUAGUGUCCCUUGUAUGGAGGUCAUCGGAUAUGCUGUGCAGGUCUUGCUUAACGUCGCCAAGUGUGAGAAAACGACUUCAGCAGUUUACGAUGUAGAAAACUGUGUAGAUACACUGCUGGAGCUUCUGCAAAUGUACCAAGAAAAGCCCGGUGACAAAGUUGCAGACAAGAGUAGAAGCAUUUUCACAAAAACUUGUUGUUUGUUAGCUGUUUUACUGAAGAGGACAAAUCGAGCUUCUGAUGUUCGAAGUAGGUCCAAAGUUGUUGACCGUAUUUAUAGUCUCUACAAACUUACAGCUCAUAAACAUAAAGUGAAUACUGAAAGAAUCCUUUGUAAACAAAAGAAGAAAUCUUCUAUGAGCAUUUCCUUUAUUCCAGAAACACCUGUAAGAACCAGAAUGGUUUCAAGACUUAAACCGGAUUGGGUGUUGAAAAGAGAUAACUUGGAAGAAAUCAUGAAUCCUCUGAAAGCUAUUCAAAUGGUGAUGGACACACUUGGCAUUCCUUAUUAGCAAAGGCAAACGUCUCAGUAUGUACAGGAAAAGAAAUAGGAAAGCUGAUCACACGUGUGGAAAGUGCUUUUGGCUUGCUUUGUACAACUUUUAAAAUCUGACUUUGUAUUAAAGUUAAAAAGAGGUAUGUAACAAAUAAACGUUUUAUAUUCU